GUUGAGGAUAGAAAGAAAGAAAAAAAUCUGAACACAACAGAAAAAACGAGACGUUAUCAGUUCCCACCGUUUCACUCUUUCACUCACUCCCAUUCAUUCUUAAUCCAUCACACUGCAAAACAGAGACACAUUAGCCAACAACAACAACAAACACAGUUUCAGAGUUUCUCUAACAUUUCUUCAAAUGGUAAUAGUUGCAUUGUCCUCCUCCCUCCCCGGCGGGAGAAACCUCUUCUCCUCGAUACCACCAACGCCACCGCCCCCCGACCCCGUCUCCGCCACUCCGCCGCCGCCAAUUCCCAUCCCCAAGUACCCCCCUCCGCGCAAGUCCCAACCCCCGCCGCCACCCUCUCCGAACCCCGGCCUCAAGUACCACCGCGAGACCAAGUACCACAAGCCCGUCAGCGACGGCGGCGUCAUCGCCUCCGACGGCGCGGACCGCUCCGUCAUCAUCGGCGAGUCCGGCGUGUCGUACCUGCUCCCCGGCGCGCCGUUCGAGUUCCAGUUCAGCUACUCGGAGACGCCGAAGGUGAAGCCGCUGGCCAUCCGCGAGCCGGCGUUCCUGCCGUUCGCGCCGCCGACGAUGCCGCGUCCGUGGACGGGGAAGGCGCCGCUGAAGAGCAGGAAGAAGAAGGUGCCGCUGUUCGACUCGUUCAACCCUCCGCCGCCCGGCGCCAAGGGCGUGAAGCACGUGGAAAUGCCCGGGCCGUUCCCCAUGGGACAGUUCCCGAAGGAGGGUCAGACGAGGGAGGAGAUUCUCGGUGAGCCUCUCAAGAAGUGGGAGAUACAAAUGCUUGUUAAACCCAUGGUGUCUCAUAACCGCCAGGUUAAUCUUGGAAGGGAUGGAUUAACGCAUAAUAUGCUGGAGUUGAUACAUUCACAUUGGAAGCGUCGCCGUGUCUGUAAAGUUCGUUGUUUAGGUGUUCCAACUGUAGAUAUGGAUAAUGUUUGCCAUCAUAUUGAGGAAAAAACAGGGGGGAAAAUAAUUCAUCGAGCUGGUGGUGUAGUUUAUCUUUUUCGUGGCAGAAAUUACGAGUAUAAAACUCGUCCACAGUAUCCAGUGAUGCUCUGGAAGCCGGCUGCUCCUGUUUACCCAAAACUUAUACAAGAUGCUCCAGGAGGAUUAACGAAAGAUGAAGCUGAUGAAUUACGGAUGAAGGGGAAAAGCCUGUUGCCAAUAUGUAAAUUAGCCAAAAAUGGAGUAUAUACAUCCCUUGUAAAGGAUGUCAGAGAGGCUUUUGAAGGAAGUAUUUUGGUGAAAAUUAACUGCAAGGGAUUGGAUCCUAGUGAUUACAAGAAAUUAGGUGCCAAGCUUAAGGAUUUGGUCCCUUGUGUGCUGUUGUCUUUUGAUGAUGAACAGAUACUGAUGUGGAGGGGAAAAGACUGGAAAUCAAGGUACCCACAUCCUCCCCCAGUUUUUUCACCUUCAAAAGCUGGUAUUACAGGGAGUUUGGAAACAUCAGGUGACACUGAUGACAAGCAAUCUAAGCAUGGUGGUAACAAUGUGGUGAACACAAGCCCAAAAAUGUUGUCUCUGUGGAAGCGUGCAAUUGAGUCAAGCAAAGCUUUGUAUCUGGAUGAGUUUAAUCUUGGUCCUGAUGCCCUCUUGGAGAAGGUAGAGGAAUUUGAUGCUGCUUCACUGGCCUUGGAGCACUCCCAUCCAGCAUUUAGUUUGCCAAGUCUAAACGAUGCUGAAGGUCCAGCUCCAAACUUUGAAGAUAGUUAUUCUAGUGAUGGCUUACCUACUGAAGAGGAAGAGGAUGAAGAGGAUUAUGUUGACUACCAUGAUGAUGAAGAUGAUGACUCGUAUGUAGUGGACACAUCAGCUCAACCUGGAUCAUUACCUGUUGAUAAGAUUGUUGAAAAGCUAAAACAAAGACCAUUGGGAAAAAAACUUGAUUCAAAAUAAAAAUGACAAAAUGAAGAACAUUUGUAUUGAUAAAUUGGCAGGCGUGGAAUGUAAAAACCAAUAAAGAAAGAAAUGAGUUAUCUGUAAAUAACAAAUUGGACAUUUUCUCGAGCACUAUGUGCCUUGGUUUUAUGAGUGACACGUAUUUCUGCCACAACUACAUAAUUUACACGUGGUGGCCACUCGUGCUGAAAGAAUCUUAUCAAGGUUUUUGAAUUGGGUGAAUUAGAGAGCCAACAUUGUUGCAUUUUGCUGCUCUCCUUCAAAUAAGAGUUUUUGAGAAAGGAAAAUUCCAGUUCAGCUUGUAUUCAUUUAAAUUUAAUAUACUCACAUCACGUGGUAUCCACAUGGUGAUUCACUGAUUUUUUUUAGCUUUUCUA